AUGGCUGAAACUCCCACAAUCCGUUUCGGCGUCAUCGGCUGCGCCGACAUCGCGCGCAAGGUCUCGCGCGCCAUCUCCCUCGCCCCCAACGCCGCCCUUUACGCCGUCGGCAGCCGCUCCCUCGACAAGGCGCGUGCCUUCGCCGCCGCCAACGGCUUCCCCGCCGCCGCCAAGGUGCACGGCUCCUACGAGGCGGUCCUCGACGAUCCCGACGUCGACGCCGUGUACGUACCGCUCCCCACUAGCCUCCACGUGCGCUGGGCCGUGCUCGCCGCGCAGAAGAAGAAGCACGUCUUGCUCGAGAAGCCCGUCGCGCUCCACGCGGCGGAGUUCGACGAGAUCGUCGAGGCGUGCGAAUCCAAUGGGGUGCAGCUCAUGGACGGUACGAUGUGGAUGCACCACCCCCGCACCGCCAAAAUGAGGGACUUCCUCUCCGAUUCUAACCGUUUCGGCCAACUCAGAUCGAUUCACACUCAUUUUACAUUUGCUGCUGAUGCCGAUUUCCUUGAGAAUGACAUUCGUGUGAAGCCAGAUCUUGAUGCACUUGGCUCUCUUGGCGAUGAAGGGUGGUAUUGUCUUAGAGCAAUACUCUGGGCUGCCAACUAUGAACUCCCUAAAACUGUAAUAGCCUCACGCAAUCCUGAGCUUAAUAAAGCUGGGGUGAUAUUGUCUUGUGGGGCUUCUUUACACUGGGAAGAUGGGAAAGUAGCAACCUUCCACUGCUCCUUCUUGACCAACUUGACAAUGGAUAUAACUGCUGUUGGGACAAAAGGAACACUACAUGUUCAUGACUUCAUUAUCCCUUAUGAAGAGAAGGAAGCAUCGUUUUAUGCAGCUACAGAAACAGGCUUUGAUGACCUUGUGUCAAAGUGGAUCCCACAGCCAAGCAAGCAUAUAAUAAAAACUGAUAUCCCUCAGGAGGCUCUUAUGGUAACAGAGUUUGCUCGUUUGGUGGCAGAUAUCAAAUUCAACAACUCAAAACCUGAGAAGAAGUGGCCAACAAUUAGUAGGAAAACUCAACUGGUAUUGGAUGCUGUGAAGGCUUCAAUUGAGAGGGGUUUUGAGCCUGUUCAGAUUCAGGAAUGAGAUGUAUGUAUUGUUUCUGUGGCUUGUUGAACUGAGGUCUUUGUUCCAUUAGUGCAUCUCAAAAGUCAUUUCUAUUUUAUUUGUAUUUUUAAGCAGUCAUUGCUGACCUGUGCAUAGAGGAGGAAUGCAGGGUCUGAAGACUCUUACACAAUGCACAUUUUUAUGUACUUCAAGGAUGGUGACGGGGAAUGAACCAAAUAAAUAGUUCUAACAACUUCCUUACCUGUUUUCAUUUGUGAUUA